AUGAAGUCCUUCACCGCCAUCACCCUGCUCGCCGUCCUGGCCUCCACCGUCUCCGCUCAAGGUUCCAGUGGCUGCGAUGAAAAUUACUCCGGCACCUUCGAGAUCGCUCCCUACAACAUCACCCAAACCAUUCCCUCCCAAGGCGAAACCGUCUGCACCACCAACCCCAUCGUCACCCUCAAAAAUGGUGUCCUCACCGAUCAGGAAGGCCGGACCGGUGAAGUCGUCGCCAACCACCAGUUCCAAUUCGACAAACCAGUCCAAGGGCCCACCACCUCGGGCUUCUCCGUCUGCACCAACGGAUCCCUGGCGCUGAAUGGCAAUGCUCUCUUCUUUGGCUGUCUGAGUGGCACCUUUUCAAACCUGUAUGAUAUCAGCAUCGGUGCGCAGUGUCAUCAGAUCUACAUCGUCACCUUCCCGUGCCAGGGCUCCGGCGCUACUCCCAUUGCCAGCACACCUGGAACCACCUCAACGACCUCGUCUACUUCCAGCACCUCAAGUAGCACAAGCACCAGCACCACCUCAACUUUCUCUACCUCCACCACACCACUACCAGUGGCACCACCAGCGACCUCCACUACCGUCACGCCUGCUCCCUUCCCAGUCGGUAACUCCACCACAGUUCCGGCUACCGCUUCCAUGGCAUCAACUGCAUCCUCCUCAUCCUCCUCCUCCUCCUCCUCCUCCACCUCUUCGACCUCUUCGACCACUGCACCAGCUACCACCUUCAAGGGUGCUGCAAGCACCGUCAUUGUGGGUGGCAAGGUUAUCGCAGUGGUUGCUGGUAUCGCUGCAUUCGCUCUGUUCUGA